AGCGGCUCGACGCGGGGCCGCCGCGCCGCGCGCGCCUGCCAGAAGGGCAUGCUGUGCCGCGGUGCGCGGCGUCUGCCACGCGCCGCGACCGCGGCGCGGCGGGAGCGUCGCCGCAGGUUCGUCGACCUGCGCAGGCUGGAGAGGGACCUGCAGAGGGCGGUGAGCCUGCCUCUGGAGCUGGCGUCGGACACGGGCAGGAGGGCCGUGAACGCCGCCCUGAGCGCGGUCGGUUCCGCCACCAGGUACGACACCAGCCUGGACGAGGGCGACGUGAACCGCCUGGUGCCAGAUCGGGAUGGUCGCUGCCGGAGCGCCACUUCCGCGCCGCGGGGGGCGGACGAGCAGAGGCCCGCGGAGGACCCGCCGCACGCCGGCGAGCGUGGCCGGCCGAGCUCCGUCUUUUGGCAGCCGUACGCGGAGGGGUCCCCGUUCAGAAUUGGCCGGGAGGCGUUCAUAUCCAAGCACCUGUCGCAGCCGGUGAGCGGAUCUUUCCUGCUGCCCGACAGGGACGUGGAGGAGUACGUGGACCGUCUGCUGUCCACGAGGGUGCUCCAGAACGUGUCGCUGCCGUGGGUUGCCGGGCGCAGCCUCUACAUCCGCGUGGUGCGCAUCGUGCAGCGGGUCAUCAUCAACGCCGUGUCUAUGGCGGAGGGCGAUGUGCUGGGCAAGCAGCUGCACCUCCUCAAGCAGAAGAGCGAGCGAUCGAGCUUCCGCCACAGCUCCGAUGUGGGCAUAGACGACAGGGUCAUUAAGCUCCUCGCCAAGCGCACCCUGUCAGACCACGUCAAAGAUGGCAGGUUCCUGUCCCCCUAUCUGGCCGAACUCGGUCUGCCUUUCGCGAUGGUUACCAAACUUUAUGAGGACGACAUCAUCGCGCUCUCUUUCCGGCUCGUCCUGGAUGUGAGCAUGAGCUUCGAGAUCCGGUGCCUCGGCCACACGAUGACCUGCCACAUCUCCUCUGAUGACAUGCUGCACGAAGCCCCAGGCUGGGACGUGGCACUCGAGGACCGGAGGGAGGGAGGGGGGGCCUUCGGCAUAUUCCUCGACGACGAGAAGCGCCGCUGGGCACAUGCAUUCGUGGAGGACGACCUGAUGACGGACGCGGACAUCAGAGUCACCGAGCUGCCCGCGGCCGUCCAGAGCCAGGUGUACUACCGAGUCUGCCUGGUGAUGCUGAAUCUUGCGGAGACGGCGCUGAACCAUUUCCGGAUUCACGUGGCAGGUAUGGCGUUCCGCCCCGCUCUCUUGGAGGGACGAGCUCAGAAUUGAUAUGCGAGCGUUUUGCUCGCCUGAGUCACGGCUGCUGCGUCGACAACACGGACGCAGCCAGCGGAUUUUUUCUAGUAGGUUUCAAACUGCACCAGCGCACCCCCUUAUUUCAAUGUCGAGUACCCCACGGGGGCAGGCUCGAUUCUUAGGGCGGCAAGACGGAUAUGCUCACUGGCCCCCGUCGUGAAAAUAUCACGGCGGCGGAUGUCCGCAUGCACGGGCCGCUGACCCCGGGCAGGACAGCCUUGUGGCCCAGUAUCGGCGUAUACCCCAUCCUGACUACGCCAGGAGUCGGCCACGCGCCGAUGUGGGGGAGGACUCGGGUGAGUUGUAGGCGACGGGGCUGCGCCAGAAGGGCGGGCCCUCCCGGGGUGCGAGCUCGAGUUGUGGAAGGCGGCGGCGCCAGAGGCGCGCGCGCGCCCUCGCCCUCACGCGGGGCAUGCCUCGCGCGCGCAGACGGCGCGCGAGCGCAUUCUCCACUCGUACGGGGCGCCUUCGACGCACAGACGCGAUGCACCAGCUGGUCAUCCGAGCGUCAAUCAGAGAAGAAGCAA